AUGGACGGCGGGCAGCCCACCCUCUCCGUGCGCCCCUCCCCUACGCGGCUGGCGCCUCCCAGCCGCAACAUCUCCCGCCCCGAACCGGGGGCGGCGGGGCGGCAGCGGCUGCACGUGCUGACUGGCCGCAUCCCCGCGAGCACAGAGCCCCCCAUCUGCACCGAGCGUUGUCAUCCGGGCGCUGCCUUCAAACGCGCCCGUGAGAACGCCACGUGCGCUGCUGAGUCCCAGGAAGGACGCCCCCGGCUCCCCAGAGUGCCAGGCGCGCCCAGCCCGCUCACUCCACUCUCUGUGCAAACGUUAUGUGUGGUGCUGGUGGAGGUGGAGGGGGAAGUUCUGGGCCUUCUAAAGGACUUCAACCCUGUCCAUAUCCACAAAAUCCAGAAUGGCUGCAAAUGCUUUGCAUUUGUAGAUCUGGGCUCCGUGCAGAUCCAGGAGCUGAAUGGCAAGCUCUUCCACAAAUGAAUUGUGAAUACAAGCAAAAGGCUUCCUAAAAAGAUCCCUGGCUGGGCCAAGUGGCCCCAGGAGAUGUUGGUUUUGGAGAGGGCGUCUGGUGAAGGAUUGGCCAGAGCCGCUGCCUCUCUGGGUGCCUCCAGGACUUAUUGUAUGCAGCUCACUCCUAAGGCUUCUCUGGACCCCUGUGAGACAGAGAAACUGAGGGCAGCCUUCUUUGCAGUUCCAAUGGAAAUGAGAGGAUCCUUCCUGGUGCUGCUCCUGAGGGAAUGCUUCCAAGACCUGAGCCUCAUCCACAGCAUCCACAGGGAGCUGGGGCUGCUGGUGACCAAUGUCAUCCCUCAGACCCCAUUUUUCUGGGCCAUGCACAUCACUGAGACUCUGCACCAGAACAUGCAGGUGCUGUUCAGCACCCUCGCUGAGGCAGAGGAGCGGCAGCCCUAUCUGGACAACUCUGCAGUGCAGCGUGGGACCCGCUGUCUGGCUGAGUACCUCCUAGGCAAUUAUGGACACGCCUGGAACAGGUGCUGGGUGCUGGACAGGGUGGACAACUGGGCUGUGGUCAUGUUCACUGAUAUUAGCCAGUUGGCCACCAUUCCCAUGCAGUCCUUGCGCAGCCUGGAUAGUGAUGACUUCUGGACCAUCCCUCCUCUGACUCAGCCAUUCAUGCUGAAGAGAAACAUUUUGCAUUAUGAUCAGGUUGUCCAUCAAAUCCUCAAAGGGAAAAUCACUGGCGCUUUGGACUCCGAGUUGCACAUCCUGAAGUUUGAAGAGUUUAAAUAACAGGGCUACACCCGGCAUGUCCCCUCUCCUGUGUCCCGUCUUUUCAUCCCUUUCAUUCUUGAGGCCUUGGAGGUGAAAAAGGCUCGACUAUGCUCGUUGAUUGAUUUGAUUCCCGUUUUCCCUUUACCCCC